AUGGAGUCCACGACUGCCAAAAAGCGUCCUAGAGUUGAUGAAGCUGAUGGCCCAGAUGACUAUGAUGAUUGCCCCCUAGGCAAAUGUCGUCCUUGCUGCCAUCGCUGUGACAGAAAACAUUCUGGGGCAUGCACUGCAUUCUGUCGGAAAUGUGCAGAGAUCGGCCACUCGUGGCGACGCUGCCGGCUCUUCGUUCCUCAUCAAAUAUGGGUGAAACGGCAUUAUGGAAUGCAUACCAUCAUUCAGAAUGUCAACAUCACGCUUCCCGUGAUCAACCCGGGGCUGUUAGUGACUACAACCUUUGUGAAUGCUGCCAUUCUAUCUCAACUCGAUGCGGCCCUCAGCCACCUCCAUAAGAAAGCAGGAAUCCCCUUGGAUUCACGUAUCACGAUGAACAACGUGAACAUCAAAACUAACAUCAUCGCAUCAGUACGAGCAGCUCCAAUUGCUCCAGACACGUCGUUACUGGAUCGAGUGCAACGAAUCCCGACGGGACCACGGUCGAACAUCCCCAACAACAAGCCUCGUCCUAUGAAGUCCGCAUUUGCUCAGUCAGAUUUCACUCAUGCUGCAGGCUCUAAGUCUCUUUUCAACCAACCUGUGUUUGGCCAAUCUGCUUUCUCGCAGCCCAAAUUCAUGCAUGAUUCCUCUGUUGGCAUGACCCCGUCCUGGCCUCGUUAUGGCUGA